AUGGCCGUUUUCUUACAGUGGGUUUUCAUUGGUAGGAGCAUUGUUGAUAAUAUCCUUCUUGCUCAGGAAAUGGUCAAAGGCUAUGGACACUUUAAGGGAGCAAGAGGAUUAAGACAGGGUGAUCCUCUUUCACCUACUUUGUUUGUUCUUGCUAUGCAUGUUUUCUCUAAAAUGUUUAACUUGGCUGCUGAAAAAAGAGUGUUUGGUUACCACCAAAAAUGCAAGAAGAUUGGCCUUAUUCAUCUUUCUUUUGCUGAGGAUGUUAUGAUAUUUUGUAAGGGUAAUGCUGAUUCUAUUAUGGGUGUCUUAAGUGUUCUUGAUCAGUUUUAUGAAACUUCUGGGCUCCAUCUUAAUUCAUCCAAAUGUAUCACUCUUGUUACUCGUAAACUUUCUAAGAAGGACUGCGGAGUUCUAAUCGAUAAAAUUAAACAAAGGCUUCACCAUAGGUCUACUAGAAAUCUGAGCUAUGCUGGCAGACUAGAGCUCAUCCGUUAUGUCCUUUUCAGUGUCUCAAAUUACUGGUGGAGACAGUUUAUCCUUCCCCAAUCGGUCUUAUUAAAAGUGGACCAGAUUCGUUCCAGAUUUUUCUGGAAAGGUGAAGAUAAGGCAGCUGCAGGUGCUCGUGUCAGUUGGGAAUUUAUUUGCUUAGGCCUCGAUCUGAAGAACACUAAAACUUGGAACAAAGCUUGUAUUAUUGAUCUCACUAGGAAAAUCCUUGCGGGUGAUGGUUUUCUUUGGGUUGCUUGGUUUAAAAAUUAUGUUCUUAAGGACCAUGAGUUUUGGAGUUAUGUUGCAGGUUCUAACUUGAGCUGGACUCUUAGGGACAUCUGGGAUGCAAUCCGUAACAAAGGGGAGAAAGUUUCAUGGCACAAACUAAUCUGGUUCCCCAUGCCCAUUCCAAAAUUCAGUUUCAUUACUUGGAUGGUUUUGCUGAACAGACUUCCUACAAGAGAUAGGUUACUCAAAAUGGGAAUCAACUCUGAAGGAACUUGUGUUAAUUGCAACAUUGAGCAGGAGACAAGAAACCAUAUUUUUUUUUCUCAAUGUCCUCUUGUUGUUCGGCUUUGGAAUUCCAUUAUGUCGCUCAACGGGUUAAAGAAUGCAUUCUUAACAUGGGAUGAUAUGGUUACUCGGGAUACUAAAACAUGGAAAGGGAAGUCACUACUCACCACAAUAUUGAAGAUCUCAUGGACUGCUUAUAUUUAUAUACUAUGGGAGGAAAGGAAUUACAGAAUUUUUCAAGGUCGUAAUAGAACUAUUGAAGACAUGAUAAAGGCUAUUAAAGAAGCUGUGAUUGGUUGA